UUGGGCACCUCUGGCCGGGCCCUCUCCUGCCUCUCUCCCCUCUGCUCCGCACGCCCCGGCUCCCCUGGCCUGGCCCCCUCCCUCCCUCCCAUGCCAUGGAGCUGGGCUGGGCGUGCAGCUCCUCUCUCUGGCUGUGCCUCCUCUGCUGCCUCCUGCACAGGCUCCUGCGCUGUGACCUGUUGCUGACUCCUGCCCUGCUGCUGCCUGUGGGGCUUGCGGUCCUCCUCCAGGCUGUCAGCCACAGCUUCCUGCCCCUGCCCCUCAGCGCCGCCCUCACUGGCACCGCCUGCUGGCUCCUCUGGGGAGGGGCCGCACGCAGCAAGAGGAUCCCUGCCGCGGGGAAAGCCGUGCUCAUUACAGGGUGUGAUUCUGGCUUUGGAAAAGAGGCAGCCUCUUACCUCGACUCCCUGGGACUUAAAGUGUAUGCCAGCGUACUGGAUAUCAACAGCCCUGGAGCCCAAGAGCUGCGACGGAACUGCUCAUCACAACUGACUCUGUUAGAAAUGGACCUGACUAAAUCUGAGGCAAUCCAGAAAACUGUGCACUUUAUAAAGACACAGACCUCAAGGACAGGGCUCUGGGGCCUGGUGAAUAACGCCGGAUUCAACGAUACCAUCGCUAACGCCGACCUAACUCCGCUACGCAACUUCCGUGCUUGCAUGGAGGUGAACUUCUUCGGGGCUUUGGAACUGACCAAAGGACUGUUGCCUUUGUUACGUGCAUCACAAGGAAGGAUAGUGACCGUCAGCAGCCCAGCAGGUAACAUGCCAUUUCCCUGCUUGGCUGCCUACGGGACCUCCAAAGCUGCUCUUAGCCUUCUCAUGGAUACCUUCCGGUGUGAACUUGCACCCUGGGGCGUUAAAGUGAGCGUCAUCUUUCCUGGAUAUUUCAAAACAGGGAGUACUUGCAAUCCUGAGUACUGGAAGGAAAAGAAACAUCAGCUGCUAGCGGCUUUGCCUCCUCAUUUGCUGGAGGAGUACGGUGAAGAAUACAUCGAGGAGAUCAACAAGCAGUUCGUCGCUUUCAUGAAGAUGGCUGUGGAGGAUCUUCGCUCGGUGGUGAACAGCAUAGCUGACGGCCUCCUCUCCCCUCAGCCUCUGGUGAAAUACUACCCUGGCAGAGGCCUGGGCCUGAUGUAUUUCAUCCAUCACUACUUGCCCCACACUGCCCGUGACUUCUUCCUCAGAGCCUUUUUUAUCAACCCAAAGCUACCCAAGGCCCUGCAGCUGAAGCAGAGGAACACACCCCAUGCCAAGUGACACUCCUCCUGGUACCCAUGACGCUUUUAGGAGACGCCAGGAUGGCCAUCCCGCUAUCCCUCCCAGUACCAAAUCAGCCCCAAGUGGAAUGUGCUUCCACUGAAAAGAUCUUUUGAUUGUAUGGGGGUCCUACCUGGCAAGCCCUGAUGGUUCACCCCCGUCAUGGUUUGGAGUUAUUUGGGGAGGGGGGGGGGAAUGCACCGUCUCUCUCUUUCCUACAGGGCAAACACCAAAGUUCUCAGAAGACACACAGAGGAACCUACAACCAAUUUCAGAGGGUUGUACAGAUGGCCUGGACAAAUGAGGUGGGGAAGGGCUCUCUCUUCCCCAGAGGGCACUCUGGUUUUCCUUUCACACCUCAACUUUGCAAUAUACCUCCAUAAACUCAGACUAAAGCCAAACCAAUCUUUCCUUGCUGCUUGGUGACUCACAAUCUCAAUUGUUGGUGGCCACCCUCCAAAGGACUACAGAAAAUGUCUUUAUUUGCCAACAGACCGACCAUCUCUCUGCUGCUGCUGGGUGGGGUGGGCAGACUUCGCAAGCCAUCCUACUCUUCCCGAGUCUCAAAGCCGUGCAGAAACUGAGCCAAGGUGGCCAAACCCGAAGGCCACAUCACCUCCAGAAACAGGCAGGGACUCUUGUGCGGAUGGCUUGCAAAUCCACACAAGAGGAGCAAGGCCACCAUUGUCACAGAAAAAUAAAUAAAAAU